UCUAACCCACAGAUGCCGUUGGACGAUCUCGUCACUUCGGUGGAGACAUUCGUAUGGCGACCUCCGCUGAAAGAUGGUCGGGUGUGGCCUUUCGGGAUCAUCUAUGCCGCUUGGGCGGGAAUCCUCGGUCCCGGGUCCGAGUAUGGUGUCCUUGCGCUACCGGCGAUCAUCGUUCUACAGGCUCUCGUCUUCCUGGCAGUCCAUUGGUCCGUCGAUAUUCGGCGAAUACUGUGUUGCACAAGGGUUCCAGCAGAAGAAGCCGAAACCUGUCUAGUUCGUCCAACCGAGAACAAUGGCAGCGCGGAGUUCGUGAACCUCUGUAGAGACCGUCAGACUCGAUAUUUUAUUUUCCAAAAAACUAAGUACAUCCUGAAAGCAGAAACGUCGGAAUUCGAGCCCCUCAGAUACCCAAUCGAUAAACAGCUCUCAGACUACGUCAAAGCUGUCGGCCUGGAUGACGAUCAUGCGAACCACGGUAGGAGUCACUUUGGCAUCAAUCUCCUCAACAUCGAUGCUCCCGAAUUCUGGCCUCUCUUCAUUGAGAGGGCCACGGCACCAUUCUUCGUCUUUCAAGUGUUCUGCGUCGGACUCUGGUGCUUGGACGAGUACUGGUACUAUUCGUUAUUCACUCUGAUGAUGCUGAUCAUGUUCGAAUGCACACUGGUUCAACAAACCAUGCGGAAUUUAUCUGAAAUUCGACGUAUGGCGGACUACUCAUCUCCCCGGAAAAUGCUCGCCUACCGGAAUCGACGCUGGAUCCAAAUCUCUAGCCAGGAGCUCGUUCCAGGCGAUUUGAUAUCGGUCACCCGUUCCGAGGACGCCCUGCCUUGCGACGUUCUACUCCUACGCGGAACGGCCGUUGUCGACGAAUCGCUGCUCACUGGGGAAUCUAUACCUUUGAUCAAGGAGGGACUCGAUCAGACAGAUAAUUUUGAACGCCUACUCGACCUGCAGAGCGACACCAAGCUCCACGUUCUGUCCGGCGGGACGAAGGUCUUGCAGCAUACAGGGCCGGGGAAGACUUCGGGUGGCGUGAAGCCGUCCGAUAGCGGCUGCUUAGGGUACGUCCUGCGCACAGGAUUCAGCACUUCACAGGGGAAACUGCUGCGAACCAUCCUGUUCGGAGUGAAGAGGGUCACGGCGAACAACAAGGAAACGUUCGCCUUCAUCAUGUUCCUUCUCGUCUUCGCGAUCGCAGCGGCCUCGUACGUCUGGACGAAAGGAGUUCAAGAUCCGACCCGUAGCCGUUACAAGUUGAUGUUGGAGUGCACCCUCAUUCUAACGUCGGUGGUCCCGCCAGAGCUACCGAUCGAGCUGUCUCUCGCUGUGAAUUCCUCCCUGUUAGCUCUGGCGCGACUCGGGAUCUUCUGCACAGAAGCGUUCAGGAUACCGUUCGCCGGGAAGGUGAAUAUCUGCUGCUUCGAUAAAACGGGAACCCUAACGUCCGACAAACUGCAAAUCGACGGUGUUGCUCAAAUCGGCGGGGACGUCGUACCCGCCAAAGACUCGUCGAUCGAGACGCUACGGGUCAUGGCGUCCUGCCAUUCGCUCGUCCAGACGGAUGCGGGACUAGUGGGGGAUCCGCUGGAGAAGGCUACUCUCAGUUCGAUCGAGUGGUCCGUGACGAAAAACGAUGCCUGCACUCCCAACCGAGGGAAACAAUUCGGAAUGAAAAUCCACCGCAGGUUCCACUUCAGCUCUGCGCUCGGCCGAAUGUCUGUCAUCACGUCUAGUCUCAAGCCCGUCAUCGAGGUCGAGUACAUCAGCACCGUGAAAGGCGCACCCGAGGUCUUGCGGUCGAUGCUGAAGGAAGUACCCGACGGGUAUGAUGAAACCCACAGAGAACUUUCUUUUAACGGAGCCAGAGUUCUCGCAUUGGCUUAUAAAGAGCUCGGGGUUCUGGAUAGCGCAAGGCUCCGGGAACUAACACGUGACGACGUGGAAUCCCAGCUGAUAUUCUGUGGGUUCCUGGUCGUUAGCUGUCCGAUCAAAAAAGACUCUCUGCAGGCCAUUCGUCAGAUCAAGCACUCGUCUCACCACGUGACAAUCAUCACUGGGGACGCGCCUCUCACCGCGUGUCAUAUAGCUAGGGAACUCGGUUUCGUGUCGAAACCGUGCCUCGUAUUGGACCCGGUCGAGAAAAAGUGGACCGGUCAUAACGCACCGAGCGUCGCUUUCGGGGAAAUUCUACCCCUUGAUCACGAUUACUGCGUCACUGGAGACGGUCUCCAGAUUUUCGAAGCCGUCUGCGGGGUUAAAGCCCUCGCGCACGUCAGGGUGUUCGCCAGGGUUCAGCCCAAGCAGAAAGAGUUCAUCAUCACCCGGCUCAAUUCCAUAGGAUUGGUAACUUCUAUGACAGGGGACGGAACCAAUGACAUGGGAGCACUGAAACACGCUCAUAUUGGCGUCGCGCUGCUCUCCGACGGACCGGCAAAACCCAAACCGAUAAAGCCGCGUCCUAGACCCGAGCAACUUUUGCAGAGACUCCCGCCCCACGAGAGAACUCGAGCGAGUUUAGAGCAAAUGCUGAAGGUGGGUUGAACAUUCCGUUGUGCCCUGAAUCGGCUGAGCCGGAGAAGAAUUCCGAAUUCGAUAUUCUGAGGUGACUUUGAAUCUCCCCCGCAGGACCUGGAGCAAGAGGAAGCCGUUGAGGUGGUGAAGCUCGGUGAUGCGUCUAUCGCAGCUCCUUUCACGUAUAAAGGCUCCUCUGUCGAAUGCCUGUGUCACAUUCUCAAACAAGGACGUUGUACCCUGGUCACCACGCUGCAGAUGUUCAAAAUCCUCGCGUUGAACGCGUUGAUUCUUGCUUAUUCCCAAUCGGUGCUCUACCUCGACGGAAUCAAAUUUUCAGACUCUCAGGCCACACUGCAGGGACUCCUGUUAGCGGCGUGCUUCCUUUUCAUCUCAAGAUCGAAGCCGCUGGAGAAACUCUCCUCGAAACGACCUCUGGCAAACAUAUUCAACGCGUACACGUUGUUGACAGUGAUGCUGCAGUUUGCGGUGCACCUGACGACUCUCGUUUAUCUGACUGGUUUAUACGAAGGCCUCAAGCCGAAGGAGGUGAAGGAAGACUCCAAGUUCGAGCCGUCUCUCCUAAACUCCACCGUUUAUGUUCUCUCGAUAGCCUUGCAAAUUUCGACGUUCGCGGUUAACUACCGAGGUCGACCCUUCAUGGAAAGUCUUUGGGAGCACAAGCCUCUAAUGUACGCCUUGGUGGUUCCAAGUCUCGUUGUGAUGGCGCUGGUGAACAACCUGAUGCCCGAUCUCUCCGCGCAGCUGGAGCUUGUGGAAUUCCCGCCAGAUCAGGGACAAUUGAUCCUAGGAACUCUGAUAGCGGACUUCUUGGCAGCUUUGUGCAUCGACAGAGCCUUGGCCGCGGUCUUGGCCCGAGGCGAUGCCAUCCCCUUACCGCGAUUGAAGAAAUGA